GUGAUCCUUUCACCCCUAUAUUUGUUAUCGAAGUCGGAAACAUUUCAACUCAUUCAAAGUUUGAGGAACUUGAUAGAAAAUUCAAGGAUGUAUACUUUGCGGAGGGGACCUCUGUACAAUUGGGAUGGUUAAUAGAUCCAGAAAAUAAAGAGAUACACGUAUAUAGAAGGGGUCAACGCCGUAUUAAUCAUGGAUGGAAAGAUGUUAAUAAUGAGGAUUUUUUACCAAGGUUUACUUUAGAAAUAUGGAAAAUUGAACAUGUAAUUUCACAGCAAGAAUCGGUAUCACCGGAGCCCACAGGAGAUGAUAAUACACCACGCAAUUGCCCUUUCUGUUCAGAAACCUUGACUAGUGUAUACGUUAUGAUUGAUCAUAUUGAGAAUAAUCAUGCAUACAAACGAAGAUGUUGA